GUAUCAGCCGGGCGGAUCAUCCAGUUCUGGUGUGUCACGAUGAUGUUUCUUAUUUACAGCGCUUGUGUAUAUCGUCGGAAUCGGGUUGACCGGGUGACCAUGAACCCGCUGGUGUAUAUGUAGCCCAAACCAUAUGUUCGCUGCUUCAAUCCUACUCCCUCAACCAUCCUGACCGAGCCCCGAAUCCAUCAUGUUCUUUCGCCUCCGUCGCUUCGGGCUUCUCCAUCGCCCUCGUUCACCUACCGCCUGCAUUAGUCCCAUUUCAUAUUCCUUCGCUUCCCCUUCUCACCUCAAUUUCUCCGGCAAGUUCCGUAUAUGCUCGCGUCCUCUUCAUCAAUCGUCUGCUGCUCUGAAGCUGUCCCCUUUCAAGCUGCACGAUAUCGGCGAAGGUAUUACAGAAGUCGAAAUUCUCAAAUGGCACGUUACAGAUGGUCAAGCCGUUGAGGAGUUUGAUGCUCUCUGUGAAGUCCAAAGCGAUAAGAGUGUGGUUGAACUGACUUCUCACGCGAAAGGCAUAGUCAGGGAUAUCAAAACUGACCCGGGGCAUAUGGUCAAGGUUGGUACAGUGCUUUGCGUGAUCGAGACGGACGAGCCUAGUGAGGACGCUGCAGAAGACGAUCUACAAGCCCCGCCUCAAUUGGACAAUGCCCAAGACAGUGUUGAAGAUAAUACCAAAUCACCGACACUAGGAGUGCAACCGCAGAAGCUUUCAGGCCAGGACGAAAUCAGAGCGCAUGAAAGCGCAACUGUUGCGCAAGCAGAAGAUCUGAGCGAGGAGCUUGAACGAGCCUCUGAGCGUGAAUCUCCUCCUCCUACCCCUUCAGCAUCCCGACGAAAGCAUCCGCUGGCUGACGCAGACAAAGACGAAGACGACCGUUUCUCGGAAACAGAGACCCUAUUCCGAGCACAUGAUGCCUCCAUGGACGCUUCGGGCCCAACUAAAUUAUCUGGCGAAGCUGCCAUUUUACCAAGUGCUUCACGCCGGGAGCCUGAGCAAUAUACAGGCCCUGUACCGGAACGGCGUUCUCAACCUGUGGGAGAUCGUGAAAGGGCAGUUAUCAAAGCGGCCCCUGCCGUGCGCACACUUGCUCUCAGACUCGGGAUAGACCUUUCCCAAGUGACACCAUCGGGCGAAGGUGGGAGAGUCGUUAGGGAGGAUGUCUUUUCGGCUGCCAAUACCACCGCUGGUGUAGAAAAUCAGUCGGCACAAGUGAAGAAAUAUAACACACAAGCUACUAGUAAUAAAUCAGAGGUAAUUGAGCAGGAGACCACACGAGUAGAGUUUGGACGAACCAGGAAGGUCAUGUUUAAAGCUCUGAGCGAACAAGCCAAAAUCCCCCAUUUUGGCUAUUCGCACACUCUAGAUCUCACUGCCCUUAUUCCCUACCUCAAAAGCAAACCCUUUUCGCCCUCCAAACCAUCAUAUACGGCUUCUGAUAUCCCUUCCUCCCUCAUUCACGAAGACGAAGCUAUCCCCGAGGUUGGCAAGAAUGCGAAACCGACUCUCCUGACAUUCCUGAUCAAAACCAUCCUUCUGGCAUUGGAAGAGCAUCCCAUCAUGCGUUCUCGUGUCAAACAUGGUACCGAUGGGACUGAGAAGUGGUUGGAAGUUAGUAGACAUGGAAUUAUCGGGGUAGCCGUAUCAGACCCAAAAUAUGGCCUUCUCACCCCUUCUCUGCCCCCUCUUAACCCCUCUACCCCCAUCCCGAUCCUCACCAACCAUUUAACCCACCUCCGCCAAACUGCCCACCGACCUUCUUCCCAGGAAGGAGCGCAUCUCACCGUCUCCUCGGUCGGUGGGUUGGGCGAGUGUAGCGGUGCAUCCCCUAUAUUACCCCCUGGCGGAGGUCUGGCCAUCUGCGCGGUUGGAAGGGCGAAAUGGGAGGUAGAGUGGGUUAAGAAAGAGGGUGGGAAAGUCUUUGAUUUGGGAGUGGAGGAUGUGAAGAGUGCAGGUUUGAAGGCCGUUUUGAGGGUCCCAGUAGGAUGGAGUGCAGACCAUAGAGUUCUCGAGGGCGCAGAACUAAUCAGUUUUACAGAGACCUGGAAGAAAUACAUUGAAGAGCCAUGGAGGUGGAUGAAAUUCAGUGGAUGAGUUGAGAAGUCUUGUAUUUGUUGACUGUGCG